GAGUGUAAUAGCUUUCUUUUUGUCCUAUUGUAACUUUCGAUUUCUUCGUGCUUCUAUCUUAGAAUCUAGAGAACAAUGGAGUAGAAGGGGAUUAAAGGUAUUGGAUCGGUCCUGCUAUAUGGCACAAACUCACGCACCUGCCCCAGACCCACUGGAACACCACAGUCUACAAUAACACAUCCGCAAGCUAGCGCACAUAUCCAGAUCCGAAAUGAGCGACGAGAUAUCUCGAGACGCGAUGGAUGCGAUUUUUCAAUCACUAGCGGACGAGUCGAGCGAUGAUGAGCGUACCGAUACCUCAGACUCAUCACAGGAAGAGUCGUCAUCAGAAACUUCAUCGUCCUCCCCAGAACCGUUUCUCAUAAACGAUGACGAUGUCUUCCCUUGGGAUCCUCUUCCAAUACCAAUAGUCUCGAUAACUCCCCCAGGGGCUGACUUGAGCGAAGAUGAAUCUCUCGGUCAACUAAUUGACACCUUUGUAGCAAGUGAGUUAGAUGAAGACGACGAGGUCCUCGACACACAGGAACUCGAUCAAUUCGAACCGCCCGAAGAACAUGAAGCCUCACGCCCAACGCAGUCCCAAGCCAGCCCCGAACCAGCAGCGCAUGUUUCACGCACAUGCACCGACGGCUCGCCUCAGACCCACGAGGCCGUUCCACCACCCCUCCCAUCCCCUCCGCCAUCUCCAACCACCAACCCCUCCCUCACCCCCCUCCCCACCAGCACGCGCCUCACUCUCUCUCGACCCACCUUCACCCCACCCCCCUUCCCCUUCCCGUACUAUCCCCCAAACACCCACAUCCACCUCACCACAACCCCCCUCAUCGCCCCCCGCGCCCACCGCUUCGUCGCCACCCUCCGCGCCCUGCUCACCUGUGCCACCCUCCUCCUGCGCACACACAACCCCCCUCUCGACCCAUCCAUCUAGGCCGAACUGGCCGCGCACCUCCGUACCCACCACAGCCCCCUGCUGGUAUCCCGACGCAGGCACGAGCAAGCCAUGGACUAUCCACGCGAGCUUGCGCGCAUGUACCACUCGACAAUCUGGGGGUUGAUCGAGGAAGCAGAACGCAGGGGACGGGCGCUGGACGAGAAGUUGCAGCCGCUGGCGGCGGUGGGGUUUCCGUGGGAUGUUGGGCUGCUGGCUGAGCUGCAGCAGGAUGGGGUGGUGCUGAGG